AUGGAAGGCGUCGAAAUGGAAACGGCGCCGCCGGAAAAACUAUGCAGCGAGGACUUCUGUUCAGCCGUCCUCUCUCAGUUCAGCCGCUCAAACAACGAGCACCACCUCCACAUCUGCGCCGCCAUAGGGGCCAUGUCCCAGGAGCUGAUUGAUCAGAACCUUCCUCUCACACCCAUCGCCUACUUUGGUGCCACCUGCUCCUCCAUCGAUCGCCUUUCUGCGAGCGUCGACUCCCCCUCUCACCUCUUGGAAGCCCUGCUCACCAUCCUGUCCCUAGUUAUUGACAGAUUUUCUCCCUCCGUACUUAGAUCGAAAUUUGAUUACCUAUCGGAGCUUCUAAUUCGGGUGCUUGGGGCGAAGUCCGUCGGAGUUAACGGCCUUGUGCCGGGGAUGAAGUGUGCUUCGCGGUUGCUGGUGGUGAGGGAAAAUGUGAGCUGGGCUGAUGUGGCUCAGCUUUACGGCGUUCUCAUUGGUUAUAUUGCUGAUGAACGGCCUAAGGUAAGGAAACAAUCACAUUUGUGCCUGCGUGAAACUCUGGAGUAUUUUCAUUUAGUACCGCCGUUGGUCGCACCUGCUAGUGAAUCCAUUACGAAUGCCUUUGAGAGGUUUCUUCUUAUUGCUGGAGGAUCAAAUGCAACCGCUUCAGAAGGGCCCAAGGCAGCACAGGAGGUCCUUUACAUUCUGGAUGCUCUUAAAGCCUGUCUUCCUUAUAUGUCAUCAAAAUCCUCCACAAACAUCUUGAAAUACUUCAAAUCCCUUUUGGAACUCAGACAUCCUAUUGUUACCAGACGCAUAGCUGAUGGUCUUAAUGCCCUGUGUCUGCAUGCUGUUGGUGAAAUUUCUGCUGAAAUCCUUACUGAAUUAUUAUGCUCUUUAAUUACCUCGGUUUCCCCACAUGAAUCGUCUGCUGAUGGCAUGACAUUCACUGCUCGUUUGCUGGACACUGGGAUGAAAAGAGUUUAUUUUCUUAAUAGGCAAAUUUGUGUGGUCAAGCUUCCCCUUGUUUUCAAUGCAUUAAAAGAUAUUUUGGCUUCUGAGCAUGAGGAGGCUUCGGUAGCAGCAGUGGCAACAUUUAAAAGCUUAAUACAGUCAUGCAUAGAUGAGAGUUUGAUCAAACAGGGUGUUGAUCAGAUUACAGUCAAUGCUGAUGCAGCCACAAGGCAAACAAGCCCAACUGUCAUAGAAAAAAUUUGUGCAACUGUUGAAAGUCUGCUCGAUUAUCAUUACGAACCAGUUUGGGAUAUGUCGUUCCAAGUUGUUUCAACCUUGUUUGAUAAACUAGGUAAAGAUUCCUCUUACUUUUUGAAAGGAACACUCAAAAGUUUAGCUGAUAUGCAGAAGAUGCCAGAUGAAAACUUCACUUUCAAGAAACAGUUUCACGAGUGUAUGGGAACAGCUCUUGGUGCUAUGGGACCAGAGUCUUUUUUGAGUCUUCUACCUCUUAAUUUGGAGAUUCAAGAUCUAUCUGAGAGCAAUCUGUGGCUUUUUCCGAUCCUGAAACAGUAUACCGUCGGUGCUAACCUAAGUUUUUUUACAAACUCAAUUUUACCCAUGAUUGUUGAAAUGAAGAAGAAAUCUGCAGAGUUCGAGCGUGUAGGAAAAUUGCAUUCAGCUAGAAGUGUCGAUGGGAUUGUGUACUCCUUGUGGUCAUUGCUACCAUCAUUUUGCAACUACCCACUUGACACUGCAGAAAGUUUCAAGGUUCUGGAGAAAGCACUAUGUACAGCUCUUCAAGAAGAACCUGAAGUUCGUGGUCUAAUAUGUUCUGGCUUACAAAUUCUCAUUCAGCAAAAUAAGAGAAUCCUGGAAGGAAACCAGGAUCGUCCGAGCACCGAAAUAGGUGUUGCUGAAGAGAGGGCUAUGACCCUCUAUACUGCAGAUGUUGCUGGCUCUAAUUUGCAUACAUUGAAAUCCUCUGCUCGUGAGCUGUUGACGGUUCUUACUGGGAUCUACUCCAAGUUUUCUAAAGAUACUAUUGGCAUUUUGCAGUCUACAAUUGUUGAGCUUGCUUCAAUAUUGGACAAGGAAACUGUCUCAAGGUUUUUUAAGAAAACCAUGCAGAAGCUUCUUACAGUUACUCAAGAUGUGAGUAGAUUAAGGAACAACAAAGAUUCAAAUGCCAUGCAGGUUGAUGACUCAUCUCGUGCAGCUUCUCUAUCAACAGCAAGGGCACAGUUAUUUGACCUUGCUGUUUCCCUUUUACCUGGGUUGGAUUCCAAGGAAGUUGAUCUUUUGUUCACUGCUGUAACACCUGCAUUGAAGGACGCUGAUGGUUUGAUUCAGAAGAAGGCGUACAGAGCGCUAUCAUUGAUACUGCAGACCUCGGAUGACUUUAUUUUAAGGAAACUUGAGGUGGUGCUGAGCCUGAUGAUUGAAGUACUGCCUUCUUGUCAUUUUUCCGCCAAACGUCAGAGGCUGGACUGUUUAUAUUUCCUCAUCAUCCAUGCUAUUAAGGAAGGCUCUGAAAAGAGGAGGCAUGACAUCACUGCUUCCUUCCUUACGGAAAUUAUACUAGCACUAAAAGAGGCUAACAAGAAAACAAGAAAUAGGGCAUAUGAUAUUCUUGUCCAGAUUGGUCAUGCAUGUGGAGAUGAGGAUCAAGGUGGAGAGGAGAAAUUGCGCCAAUUCUUCAACAUGGUUGCUGGUGGUCUGGCGGGUGAGACACCUCACAUGAUCAGUGCUGCUAUGACCGGCUUAGCUCGAUUGGCUUAUGAGUUCUCAGACCUUGUUUCUGCAGCUUAUAAUCUUCUUCCGUCCGCAUUUCUCCUUCUUCAAAGAAAAAACAAAGAAAUAAUUAAGGCUAAUUUAGGUUUGCUGAAGGUACUGGUUGCCAAGUCACAAGCUGAAGGCCUGAAGGCGCAUUUGCGCGGCAUGGUGGAAGGUUUGCUGAGCUGGCAAGACAGCACCAAGAACCAUUUCAAAGCAAAAAUUAAACUGCUGCUUGAAAUGCUUGUGAAGAAAUGUGGUCUGGAUGCAGUUAAGGAAGUCAUGCCUGAAGACCAUAUGAAACUCCUAACCAAUAUAAGAAAGCUCAAGAAUCGGAAAGAGAAGAAACAGGCUGCCAAAUCAUUGGAUGACAGGUCCAUUCUAUCAAAAGCAACUACAUCCAGGAUAAGUAGAUGGAACCAUACCAAAAUAUUUUCCGAACUCAAUGAUAACGACUCAAACGACAGUGAUGGUGAAUUUACAGACGGAAAAAGUAUUGUUGGCCGGCACAGCAAGUAUUCUUUGGCUGUACAAUCCAAAUCAUCUCUUUCACGAUCCAAGAAAAGCCGAAAGGCAGCAAAGAGCUUGCAAGAAGACUCAUUCGACCAAUUAGAUGACGAGCCUCUCGACUUGCUGGAUACACAGAGAAUGAGGUCCGCCCUUCGCCCGUCACAACCACAAAGAAUGAAAGACGAUGAGUCGGAUGACGAGCCCUUGAUUGAUCCUGACGGGCGUCUGGUUAUUCAGGAGGAAGGGAAGAGCAAAAAGGCCGAUAGGAAAAAGAAACGGGAAUCUUUGGACGCUGAGGAAAAUGAUGGAAAAAGUGAGGCGGGAAGUCACUUGUCUUCAAAAUCUGCGAAAACCCAGAAAAGGAGAAAGACCUCGGAAAGUGGGUGGGCCUACACGGGUAAAGAGUACGCCAGCAAGAAGGCAGGUGGUGAUGUGAAGAGGAAAGACAAGCUCGAGCCGUAUGCCUAUUGGCCGCUCGACCGGAAAAUGGUGAGUCGUAGGCCGGAGCACAGGGCUGCCGCCAGAAAAGGCAUGGCGAGUGUGGUGAAGCUGACCAAGAGGCUUGAAGGGAGGAGUGUGUCCAGUGCCCUUUCUGUGAAGGGGGUGGCUUUGAAGAACAAAAGGAAAGGGAGUAAAAAGAAAUUUUAA